CACGCCGCCGCCGGAGAAAUGAUGGCGACGGCGAUGAGGAUGACGAGAGCAGGACUGCAUUGUCUCUCGGCGGCGGGUUCGAGCCUGAGGAGGUGGAGAUUAAAGAAUUCUCUUCUGUCUGUUGCCAUUUUUAAGCUUGAUUUUCACUGGACACAGUCUCGUAACUACAUACCUAGGAGAGCUGUUCUGUAUGUGCCGGCUGAUGAUGAGAGAAAGAUACAAAAAAUUCCAUCUCUCAAGGUGGAUUGUGCAGUGUUGGAUUGUGAAGACGGAGUUGCUCUAAAUAGAAAAGGAGAAGCACGAACAACUACUAUGAAAGCACUUCAAGGAUUUGAGUUUGGUCAGACAGAAAAGUGUGUAAGGAUCAAUUCAGUGUCCAGUGGUCUGGCUGAAGAAGACAUGAAGGUCAUUUUGGUGUCCAACGUUCUUCCUACAAGUCUGAUGCUACCUAAAGUUGAAAAUGUAGAAGAAAUAAGAUGGUUUACAGAGAAAUUUGCAAGCCUCACAAAAGGUCGAACACUUGUGGAACCCAUGCGUUUCAUCCCUUUUGUAGAAACAGCAAUGGGGCUGCUCAAUUUUAAGGCCAUUUGUGAAGAAACACUGAGAACAGGAUCUCGGGCUGGCCUUCAUUUGGAUGCAGUAGUCUUUGGAGGAGAAGAUUUUCGUGCCAGCAUAGGUUCAACGAGUAGUAAAGAUACCCUUGAUAUUCUUUAUGCCAGGCAAAAAAUUAUUGUCACAGCAAAAGCUUUUGCGUUGCAGGCCAUAGAUCUUGUAUACAUUGACUUCCAAGAUGAAGAAGGGCUCCGGAAGCAAUCAAGGGAGGGCGCUUUAAUGGGCUUUACUGGUAAGCAGGUGAUUCACCCUAAGCAAAUUGCUGUUGUCCAGGAAGAGUUCUCACCCAGCCCUGAAAAAAUCAAGUGGGCACACGAACUGAUGGCUGCGUUUGAUGAACAUCAGCACAAAGGAAAGGGUGCCUUCACUUUCCGUGGCAGCAUGAUCGACAUGCCAUUACUGAAGCAGGCCCAGAACAUUGUUACGCUUGCCACAGCCAUCAAGAAAAAAUGAUCUGCUAAAUGAACCUUCCUCCUAGGGGGGCUCCAAGAGCUGUUUAAAGAAUUAUAUAAUACUUGGAGGAAGAAAAAAAACCCUGCAACAGUUCACACUUCCAGCAGAACUCUACGUGCGUGUCCUGCAAAAUGCCAUAUAUUUUCUUAUUCGCUUUCAGGGAAUAGACCUUGUCACAGACCAGGGUGGUAAGAUAUAACCCCUUCCUUUCCCAACCAGAGCUGAGGGGCAUGUUCACAGUAUGGGAUUUGGGGAGGGGGGUAUCAUCAAAGCCUCUGGGUGUGUUUUGGGUGGGAGGGAUUGCUGCUGUGUCAUUUCUAUCUGAGAAACAGGCCCAUUAAAAAUCAAUAAAAGGGUGGGAAAACGACAAGGUCUAACUAAUUCCAUUUUUGACUGGGCAAGUGUUCUCUUCAGAAGGAUGCCCUGAACAAGGGCAGUUGGUCAGAGUACGAUGCUGCCUGUCCCUCUUCUAUCCAACAAAAACACAGGAAUCUUCUUUGCAUCACCCUUAUAAGAAAUAGAAAUGUUUUGGCAAAGGCCAGUGUAGGCUGUAGUGUCAUUCAUAGACACUGACUUUGAAGCAACCCUAAUCAUUUGUAUUGUUGAAGGUGUUCACAGCCGGACUCAACUGGUUGUUGUGGGCUUUCCAGGCUGUCUACCAGACCACGGCCACACGGCCCGGAAAGCCCACGACAACCCCCUAAUCUUUUGGCCCUUUGCAUUUAAGAAUUACAAAAAGGAGAAGUGAUACACCAGAUUUUUUGGCCGUUUUCACUGCUGAGAGAGUGUAGGAAAGACAUUGUGCUUUCUAUGCACCUCUUCAAGGUACAGGAACUCCUCAGAAUCUAGACUGGACCCCUGCCUUCCCAACCCGAGCUUCCUUAAAUCUUAAAGCACAUUUGCCUUUUGUUCUGGAUUAAUUAAUCCAAAAUAACCACCAUCCCUCCAUUCUGACCUGACGGCCGUUAAUGGAUUAGACUCACCAUUCAUGCUCUUAGAGUGCAAACUCAACACCACUUAAUGUGGAUUAGUCACCCCUUAAGAAGUCUUCAGCCAACCCUUUGUGCUUGUAAUCAGGGAGGAUUUAGAGUCAUCUGGAACAUUACUUUUCAGGAGCUGCUGAUCACAGUAACCCAUGCACACAUGCAUGCCUGUGUCAGUGCUGAAAACUUUUUCAAACGUGCCCCUCGGCAUUGAAGUCUAUACAUCCAAAGUUACAAAAACGCACGGGUUGUUGUUAUGUGAUUCACAAACCCUAAAACCCUGUCAGAUUGCUUUGUUACCACAAGCAUCUGUGAUCAGUUUAUGAACCUGCUCGUAUAUUACUGGGGAAUUUAAUUUGCACUACCGUUCUGACGCAUUUGUGUGCUCUGCGUUGCUGCUGUUGUCCUCACAUAAGGCAAGAGCUGUAGACUUAUUGAAAUCUCCAAUGUUCAGCAGGCUCUUUUGCUCACUAUAUGUUAAACACGGCUUUCAAAUACACCCUUCGGCCACCUGUUCCCACUUCACAUGGCCUGUUUCCAAUACCCUCUGAAGUCAUGGAGGGAAAGGUGGGAGCUCCCUCUUUAGACCAGUGGUUUUUUUAUUGUUUCCACACAGUGUUAUUGGUACAGGUUGAUUCUAAACUAUAUGCAUGGAGAACAGCAAAAAUGGAUUAAAAAUCUGUAAAACACUGUGAAAUUGCUUUACAUGCAGCUAG